UUAGUCUCCAAACCAACGCAGGAGAUAAGUGUCCCCUGUCAACCUGCGUGGGUCCGGGCCGGCGGAGCAGCUGGGGCGUCGGGCCUAAUAGGGCCAAUGAGCAGGAAUAACACUCGAAAAUCCCCCAGGAAGUGGGCCAUUAAGGUGACCCCUAUCUCCUCUCCUGCCCGGCUCCUUGUCGGCGGUGUUCUCCCGUUGCUGGGCACUAAAGCAAACCAGAGCCUUGUUUGCAGAGGCUACGAUUACAAUACAGCCGCCAAAUAUUUGCUAGUCCCCAGUUCCACCGAUCCACUAUAAAUACUUCAGCCCCAGGUGGGAAGCCGGAGAGUCGGGAGAGGGGACGCUGGGGGGCCAAACAAGCCAAACAAGCAAGCCGAGCACAGAAUCGAGCACAAAGGGCAAAAAUGGCAGCCGGCGUCAUCCAAAGCCUAAGCAAAUUCAGGCUCUCCACAGCCUUCCAGCACUCGUUCUUAUCUCCGACCGCCUGCCAAGAGCUGAUAUUCCAAGACUUGUCUGAGGAGGAAGACAUGGAGGACGAGGAAGAAGAAGAGGAGGAAGGAGAAGAGGAGGAAGAAGAAAGGGAAGCUGUGGAAGAAGGCAGUCGUUCUGCAAGUUGUCGGAGGGGAGAGGCAUUUGCUGCCAGCUCAAGUGCAACCGAAAUGACCCGGCAGCUUCUUCGCUUUGCGGAGCGCAUCAGCAACGACAUCCAAAGCUAUUUCGGCAGCAAAGGCGCAGAGGAAGGCUCCUGCAACAUCUACGAGGCCGGCUGCUCCCCGAAGCUCUCCGGGCGCGUGUUGUACUACACCGACUUGGUCAGGCUUUCUCAAAGCAGGGAGUCGGAGGAGGACGAAGGCUCUCCGGCCUCUCCAAAAGAGAGAGUCCAAGGCGAUGGAAAACUAGGAAGGUCCUUCUGCAGCCAAGAAGAGGCCGAGAAGCUGGGGCCCCUGGCCGAGCUCUUUGAGUACGGCCUGUGUGGGUACGUCAAGCAGAAAGUCUCCUCCGACAACAGGAAAUACGGCCGCGUGGCUCCGAUGCACGGCCGAAAGCUGCCCGCGUCUUUUUGGAAAGAGCCGUCUCUCAGCCCGCUAUGCAUGCUUCAUGGCAACCCUCCGGACUUUAGUGACCUCCUGGCCAACUGGACCUCCGAAACCUGCCAGGAAGAGCUUCAUGCUAGCCAAGAGCAUCUCGCUGGAGCCAACAGGCUGGGGAUGGACCAUUUUGGUGGCCUAUGACAGCCCACUAGGACGGUAGUAUCAGUAACACUUCUACGACAGUUCACUAGGACAGUCCGACAGAUGGCAAGUUAUUUCAUCUUAGCAGGCUGAAAGCCAAAACCAAGGUCACAACAACAUCUAUAUAUAUAAAAGAGUGAUGGCAACAGGGCAGCGGACAAAACAACAAAACUACAGGCCCCCCAACCUCGAAAUUUGACAACACAACCCAUCAUUCAUGGCUCUAGGUUGAUCCAACAAUA